AUGCAAGGAGGCAUGAUCGAGCUCGCGCGGCAGGCGGCGGCCGCGGCGAGGGCCGAGCGAGGGGUGCGUGGUCCGGCCAGGCUGCCGGUGCGUAGGUACCGCGGCGUCAUGAGGCAGGGCGACAUGUAUGCCGCCGAGAUCAUGGACGCCGCGGGCCUCCGCCCGGUGUGGCUCGGGUCGUACGCGACUCCCGAGGAGGCAGCGUACGCGUACGACGCCGCCACGAGGAUCAUGCACGGGAACAAGGCCAAGCCCAACUUCCCCGAGCCCCCGGUCCCGUACCAUGGUGGAGCCGCGCCGGCGUUCUCACAGUUUAUGUACCGUCCAGCUGCAGGUCCAGCGUUCGACGCCGCCGCCGGUGGAAGCAACGGCGCAGGCUUCUAUGGUCCAGCGCUCGCCGCCGCCGGUGGAAGCAACGGCGCAGGCUUCUAUGGUAUGGCUCCGAUGAUCGGCCCCGAGCCCGAGGUGCCCAUGCCCGCCUAUGCAGCGAGGCGCGCACGGAGCAGCUCUGACAAGAAAAACAAGGCGGCUGUCGAUGCCUCGGCAACGUCGGACCCAAAGCUGGUCAUCAUCAUCGAGUCUGAUUCUGAUGGUGAGUCCGUGGUCGAGGAUAACUUCACCGGCGACGGCGGCGCGUCCUCCUCGUCUGCAGCGCGUCCGGCGGUGCUUCCACUCAGGCUCAAGGAUCUGAUGGAAGCCGAAGUAGUUCGCCGCAGCGCUGAUGAGGGGAAGCCGUAA